GUCAGGGGUUAGGGGGCCUGGUGUGAGCGGGAAGCCUGAGCUUCCCUCACAGUCUCCGAGCUUCAGAAUGUUCAAAAAUGACAUUGAAACAACUCAAACAAAAUCAGUGAGGAGUAAAAAGCAAAUUGAAAUAAACAUCAUUGUCAACCAAAACAAAAAAUAUGAGGAAAGAGACAAGCUUGAGGGAGAAAAAAAGAAAAGGAGAAAGACCAAAAUGAAAAAUAUUCUAAUAGAAGCCAAUGAUGUUGAUGAGUGUAGUGAUUUAAAGAGAUUGAAGAAGAAAAGCAAAUCCAGGAAGUCAAGCGUUAGAGAUGAAGAACGAGACUCCAAGAUUGAGGAAAAAAUGACAAAGAAGAGUGCACGAGAAGGUGAAAUUGAUGAGGACACAUAUGAUGGUUUGAAAAGGAAAAAGAGAAAAAAAAACUUUAAGCCAGAUGAUCAUUCUGACCCUCAAAAAAUUUCUAAGCGAUGUAAAAGAAAUAUCUGUAAGGAUGACCCAAGCACAGUUCAAGACGAAGGCGUCUGUAAUAAUAAGAAAAAGAGAAAAAUCAAUUCCAAAAAUGCUGAUAUGGAAGAAGGAUUAAUGAAAAGUAAUGAGACUUCAAAUGGCGCUGCAGACAAAUUGGAUGAAACAAUAGAAAUGCCUUGUGUUUCCGAUGCCAUAAGUGUGAAGAAAAGGAAGAAGAAGAAGAAGCGGUCUCAUUCAGUAGACAUCACAUCUGAAGAUGAAAAAUCAAUGAAGAAACGGAAAAGAGACAGAAAUACCGAUGAGCCUGAAGCUGGGAGUGACAAAUUCAAAGUAGCAGACUCAAGGAAGCGAAAAGAUAAACAAACAGUGGACGCUCUUAGCAAUAAUACAGACCAAAAACACAUGAAAAAGAGAAAGAAACAUAAACUGCAUACUGAGGAGCCAGAAAGAGCACUCGAAGGAGAAACUCUAACGGUUGAGAAGAGAAAAGGAGUGGAGCAAAUAGAAAAUGACACGGAAUACAUGACAAAAUCUAACAAGAAAAGAAAAAAAUUAAUUGAAAUUGAACGGGAAGAAAUUGAGGCAUUGGACAGAGAGAGAAUGAAGCUUGAUGAAACUAACAAUGUUUGUAAAUUGCAGAAUUCCACGUUUACUGCAAAAGGGAAAAAGCAGGAGACAGCAUUCAGUGUUCUUGAAGAAUCUGUAGAAACCAAAAAGAAAAGGAAAAAGAAAGAAACCUCAUCGGGGAUACAUGUUUGUAAAGUAAAGGAGGAGCUAUGCGACAGUGAUGAUUUGCAGAUUAUGUCUGAAAAGAAAGGGAAUUUAUUUGAAGUGACAAUAGACAAGGCUAGGCGACAAGCUUUGCAAGAAGAAAUUGACAGAGUAUCUGGCAAAACUGGUACUUUAGAAAAUAAAGCUUCCCCAGAAGGCAAACCAAGAUGUACUGGCACGCAAUGGGACACAGCCACGUUUGAGAAUAUGGAGCAGAAAAAUAAAUUCUUGAGACUUAUGGGUGGAUUUAAAUCGUCAAAUCUGCCUCAAGCAUCUAGUUCUGGAAAGCACAAUAUGGCACUUAACAAGGAAGAAGAACAAAAAUUUAACAGGACUCUGCAGAAGGAAUUUGACAAAGCAUUGAACCUUCAGCAACAUCGAGGAAUUGGCCUGGGUUUCCAGCCUUUUUCCAAUCAAAUGAACAAAACAUUUUUCAUAGAUAAGAAUGCCUCAAAAUCAAAGAAGUUUGAUUUUGAUUAGAAGACAAAAUUAACCAAUCUUGGCACAGAUUUUGCUUCAAAAAAUGAAACACUGUACAGUAACAUUUUGAAGAAUAAGUGAUUUUCUUCUUCCUGUUUUGAAGUUACAUGCUUGUAUAAAUGGAGCUGAAUGAAACAUACUGGGUUCAGCUGUUUGCUUUAGUCUUAUCCAAGCCUGUCAAAUUGUAAUUCUGAUCUGAAGCACGGCAAUUACUUCCAAACUCAAUGGUGCAGCUGGAAUCCAGACUCAGUGGCACGUUUUGUCAGUUCAGUAUUGGAUUUCACGUUGAACAGAGAGCUGGACCUGUCCUGAUUGAAUGGGCCAAAUGCAGAUUGGCAGCUUUAUUUAUAUAUUUUCCUGUGAUUUUAUUUUUCUAUUUUACUUCUGCUUCUAAUCAGUUAGGACUGUUAUUUCCAUUCCCUCAUGUCAACAGUAUUUUUAUCUGGAUAAUAAAUGCAAAAAUUAA